UCUGUUGUUGCCACACGUGGAAGUGAAAUGAGUCCAGCAGAACACUGGCUGCAACGGAUUUCACCUAUAGUGAGAGCGGUAGAAGUGGCCCAGUUCAACAGUUUAAUUCUACCUCUACAGUGACAACUGACUUGAAAAAGAUUCAUACACUUUUGCCUACCUCAUAUGGGACACCACCCCUUGCUUUGUACACUGGAAUAAAGUACAAAGUCAACAGCUUUUUCAUCAUGGAUUGUCAAGAAAAUGAGUACCAGGACCAAUGGGGGCGCUGUGUCACCUGCCAACAAUGUGGCCCUGGACAGGAGCUCUCCAAGGAUUGUGGCUAUGGAGAAGGUGGAGAUGCAUACUGCAUAGCCUGCCCUCCCCGAAAGUAUAAAAGCACUUGGGGACAUCAUAACUGUCAGACUUGUAUUACCUGUGCUGUCAUCAAUCGGGUCCAGAAGGCCAACUGCACAAACACCUCUAACGCUAUCUGUGGAGAUUGCCUGCCAAGGUUCUACCGAAAGACCCGCAUUGGGGGCCUGCAGGACCAAGAAUGCAUCCCAUGUACAAAACAGACUCCUUCUUCUGAGGUUCAGUGUACCUUCCAGUUGAGCUUAGUGAAGGUAGAUGCACACAUUGUUCCCCUUAAGGAAGCCACACUUGUUGCACUGGUGGGCAGUCUGCUAGUGAUAUUUGCCCUGGCUUUCAUUGGACUCUUCUUCCUCUAUUGUAAACAUAUCUUCAACAGACAUUGCCAAUGUGGAGAUUCGUUGCAGUAUGAUGCUGAAAACGCAGUGGAGGAGGAUUCUCUUUUCCCUGUGCCACCUGGCCAGGAAACCAGUCCUGAAUUUCCAGUGAAUGAGAGCAUAUUUGAGAUCAAGCCUCUUAACUCCAUCCUGGAUGAUGACUCCAGCUCCACUCGUGGCUUCCCCACACAGGAGUCCUUUACCAUGGCCUCUUGUGCCUCAGAGAGACAUUCUCAAUGGGUUCACACCCCCAUUGAAUGUACAGAGCUGGACCUGCAAAAGUUUUCCAGCCCUGCUCCCUGUACUGGGGCUGAAACCUUGAGAGAGAACACAGGUGAAAGCUCUGGAGCUCUAUCUACCCUUUGAAGUUCUCAGCCCUUAACUCUACUGAGGUGAGCAAGAAAGGUAAGGUUAAAAGACCAGAAAGUGUGGGUUACACUCCAGAAAUUUCCAAGCCCAGUUCUAUUGUUCUAUAGGGUUUGGGUGGAAGAAUAGCAGGAAAUUAGGACUGAUAGAUGUUGGAGAGGCAACAGUUAGGGUACUAAGCUUUUGAGCUAAUUCUACAUCAGACUUCUAGCCCAGAAAUUAUCUGUAGUCAGGGCAGGUUAACAUGAUGCUAAUUUCUUCAUCUAGACCCCACUAUCAACUACUCAUAUUCAGUUUUCUCCUUUCAUAUGUAUAAGCAGCACCAAUUUGUAUGUACCAAUAAGCAUCUCUAUAUCAAUUCCUGAAUAGCCUAAUGAACUUGUGCAAAUCAUUUUACCUCUUUCAGACACAGAGCCUUCCAUUCCCAAAUUAUUUUGAGGACUGAAUGAAAACAAAUGCAAGUGUCCUUUAUAGUGUCUGCAUAAUAGGUGUUUAUACCAUGCUGGCCUUCUUUUCAUUUCCCUUCACCCAGGCCCAAAUUACAAAUUCCUAAACCCUCUACAUUUUCCUGAACUUCACAACUUCAUACUUCUAUGGUAGGAAAAUAAGAAAUAAGUUGAUCUCAUUUUAGCCAAGCAGGAAUUGAGCUACAGAGAUGAAAAGUGAUUUGCUUAAAAUCACAGAGCAACCCAAUCUCAGAAAUAGACUAGAAUCCAGGAUUAGAAGUCCCAUUA